UUGUGCGCAUGCGCAGUGUGUCUAUCACAAACACGUGUUGCGAGUCGCGGUAGUAGUGAAGAUCUCAAAGCUGCGUUAGUCAUUAAUGCGAUUUAUUUUUGUUUAUUUGCUAAAUUCUAGACUUUUCUGUUUAGUUAAAUAAUACUGUCCUCCGUGAAGCUAUUGCCGAGAGGACCCGUGUGUAUUUAAGUUAAACACCGGCUAUAACACAACAAACACGAUGACUGAAGCUGAAGUGAAUCCGAAAGCCUACCCUCUGGCAGACGCCACGCUCUCCAAAACUAUUCUGGACCUGGUGCAGCAGGCGUCCAACUACAAACAGUUGAGAAAAGGGGCCAAUGAAGCCACUAAAACUCUUAACCGUGGAAUUUCGGAGUUCAUUGUCAUGGCGGCUGACGCUGAACCUCUAGAGAUCAUUCUGCACCUGCCGCUGCUGUGUGAGGAUAAGAACGUGCCGUAUGUGUUUGUGCGCUCUAAACAAGCUCUUGGACGUGCAUGUGGAGUGUCAAGACCUGUCAUUGCCACAUCAGUCACCAUCAAAGAGGGAUCGCAGCUGAAACCUCAGAUUCAGUCUGUGCAGAUGGCUAUUGAAAGACUCCUAGUUUGAGCCCAUACCUUUUACAAUUUUGUUUUCAGGUUUUUUUUUUUUAUUUUUAUUUUUUUUUUAAAACAAUGAUCUCUUUGUACAAUCCUUAAGGAUUUCUUUCUUUUUUUUUUUUUUUUUUUUUUUUUUUUUUUGUAUUCUAAUAUCACAAUGUUGAGUAUGAUCCUCAGUUUCUGACAGCCGAAAUAAAGCUCGGUUAAAAUGAAAUGACAUUUGUUUGGUUGUUUGUACAGUAUGAACGUUUAUCAAACGCAUCUAACAUGUUAAAAAAAAAAAACACUGGUGUUUUUAAAAUAGAAUACAGUGUUCUGCUUUUCUGGUGUUACGUAAUGCAAACUGAAAAAUGUUACCUGUGUGUGUGUAUAUAUAUUUUUUUUUCUCCAUAGUAUAGGGAAUAUAAAAGUACAAUAAAUAUUGUCAGAUUUACACAAAUAUAGGCAAAUAAUGCAUUCUAAUUGUAUAUUAAACAUUGGAAUUCACUGCACUCUAAAAAAAAAAAAAAAAAUUAAAUGUUUGCCCAACCUGCUGGGUAGUUUUAUUAAACUCAACUAUUGUUUAAAAAUUACUAUAUUGCUCACUUAAAAUGAACCCAAAAUAGAUUGGAGAUGAACAUUUAUUAAUGUUUAAUAAAUGAACAUUUAUUAAUACAUUUCAUAAUGAUUAAAUUCUAAACAUUAAAUUGCUUAUUAAUAAAUGUCCACCUUUUGA